AUGUCACCCAUCACCAAAUUACCAAUCAUGGCCGACCUCGACAUGCCCACAGGUCACUCGUCGCGAUACUGUCUGGACGAACCUCUCACUUUGAACGCUUAUAAGAAAUGUUGUUCUCUAAGUGGUGGAGAUUAUCUAUUCAAAGAUGAAGAUGAUCAGGUGUUCGUCAAAUCAGUUGGUAAAGCCAACAUAAGACAAGACACCACAUUGUUCGAUGCGAAUGGCGAAGAGGCUGUAAAACUCGCUGUGAAGAUGAAAACUCUAGAUUGGGCCAUCACCGGUUCUACACCUUCGGGCGAACAGGUAUUUACGGUCAAAUUGGGUGGAAAGAGACGAAGAGAUAGUAACAUCACUACCGAGUUUACCAACAUGAAAACGGGUCAGACGAAAAUGUUGGAAUACGAAACUUGGAAAUGUCGUGGUGAUAGAAAGCUAUUCUUGGAUGGGGAGGUCGUUGCUUCGGUACAUAAAGAUCAUUGGUACAGCAAGAAGCGUCAGAUAGAUAUCGCCGCUAAUAUGGAUUACACCCUUGUGAUGGCUACGAUAAUAUUCUAUGAUAUAGUCAUGGAUCAAUGGUUACCUGCUGCCUUUUGA